AAUUGGAAUUUAUUUUCAAAAUACAGCCGUUUGCCUCGAUUAAUUUAAUUUAGAAAUGCAAAGAUUAUUAGUCCGUGAACAUAUUUACCUUACAGAUAAUGUAAUAAAAGUGCUUGCACAAAAUCGUAUUACUACAAUUUUAGAUUUCCUGCAAGAAGACACCGAGAAAUUAUCGAAUCUGACCAAACUUACUUUGCCGCAGAUUAUAGAUGUAAGAAAUUAUAUUCUAAAUAAAUAUUCGGCGCCUGUUGUAAAGGCUACUUCGUUAUUGGAUCAAAAUGUAACGAAAAAGAAAUAUAUCAGCUAUGGUAUAGAAAGUUUGGACGCUGUAACAAGUGGUGGAAUACCGGUAGGUAACAUAAUAGAAGUAUGUGGCCUACCAGAUUCAGGGAAGACACAAUUAUGCAUGCAGAUAUCUAUAAAUGCUGUUAAAAACAGUGAUAAUGUUGUCCUUUAUGUGGAUACUAAGGGGGAUUUUUCAGCAACGAGAAUACAGAAGAUUUUAGAUGCUUAUGGUUACUCAUACAAGGAAAUGGCACAAAUAAUGUUCAAGAUAAGAAUUGUUCAUAUUUGGACAAUGGAUGAAAUGUUAGAAUUAUUUAAGAAACUUCAAAAUAAGUGUCUUGUUGUAAAAGACUUAAUUUUAAUAAUUAUUGAUUCUCUGCCUUGUUUGAUGUUUCAAUAUCUUGGUGACAAUAAUAAAGUUGGAUUAACUUUUUUAAAUAAACUUGUCAAUUAUGGAAGAUGUUUGUGUAAAGAGCUUGAAAUAGGAAUAAUUUGUGUAAACACACAGACUAGAUGGAUUGACCAAGAUAUUUUUGAUGUAGAAGAUUGUGAGCAGUCUACUACAUGUAAAGAAUUAUAUACAGAGAAACGUAACCGCUGUUUAGGACGGUAUUGGCAAUAUAUACCAGCCUUUGUCCUAACAUUGGAGAAAAUUCAAGACCAAGAAAAGUUAAUAGAAAGUAACAAAAUACAAAUAAAUGUAACAGUAGUAAAAACAACAAAUAUAACACAUAUUCAGAACUGUGUUUUAGAAGUUAGUAAUUUAGGUGUUACUUAAUAAAUUAUUCCAUAAAGAAA